AUGACCGAAAUACUGCACAAUGCCCCCAUUGUGCUAGACAACGGCUCGGGGACGAUUCGCGCCGGUUUCGCGGGCGAGGAUUUGCCCAAAUGCUUCUUCCCGUCGUGGGUUGGCCGGCCGAAGCACCUGAGAGUCCUGGCCGGCGCGCUGGAGGGCGAUCUCUUCAUCGGAAACAAGGCCUCCAACGAACUGAGGGGCCUGCUCAAGAUCCACUACCCGCUGGAGCAUGGCGUCGUCACUGACUGGGACGACAUGGAGAGGAUUUGGGAAUACGUGUACGGCGAGGGACUCAAGACGCUGAGCGAGGAGCACCCUGUAUUGCUGACGGAGCCUCCGCUGAACCCUCGAAGCAACCGCGACACGGCCGCGCAGAUUCUGUUUGAGACAUUCAACGUGCCCGCCUUGCACACGUCUAUCCAGGCCGUAUUAUCCUUAUAUGCCAGUGGCCGGACAACGGGCAUUGUCCUCGACUCGGGCGACGGCGUGUCGCAUGCGGUGCCCGUGUACGAAGGCUUUGCGAUGCCCAGCAGCAUACAGCGGAUUGACGUCGCGGGCCGAGAUGUGACGGAGUAUCUGCAGACACUAUUGCGCAAGAGCGGCUACAUCUUCCAUACGAGUGCGGAAAAGGAAGUGGUCAGGCUGAUCAAGGAGAGUGUGUCGUACGUGGCGCAUGAUCCGAAGAAGGAGGAGAGAGACUGGAUCGGCGUGAAGCCGAACGAGAGCAAAUUCGCUGAAUACGUCUUGCCAGACGGCCACAAGCUCAAGAUUGGAGCCGAGCGAUUCAGGGCACCUGAGAUUCUAUUUGAUCCUGAGAUUAUCGGCCAGGAGUAUCCUGGUGUGCACCAGAUCGUGGUCGAUGCCAUUAGCCGCACCGAUUUGGAUCUCCGAAAAUCACUCUACAGCAAUAUCGUCUUGUCUGGAGGCAGCACGCUGACAAAGGGCUUUGGCGACCGACUCCUGACGGAACUGCAGAAGCUGGCGGUCAAGGACAUGAGAAUAAAGAUUUUUGCACCUCCGGAACGCAAAUACUCUACAUGGAUUGGAGGAAGUAUUCUUGCUGGCUUGAGUACAUUCCGCAAAAUGCUUGUGAGCAUUGAUGACUGGCACGAGAAUCCGGAUAUUAUUCACACGAAAUUCACAUGA